AUGCAAUAUUCAAUAACGGAAAUGCCGUUCCUCUUCAAAUCGGAUGUUAGCUUGAUCGUUAAACGUGAGUCAGGUGGUGGUUUAUUUGUUUUUUUUUCGUUUCUCGGUUGAAAAGUUCACCUACGGAUUGACGUCGCAUUAUCAUAAACAUGCCCAAACACGAGUUUACCGUGGCCAUGACGUGCGAAGGAUGUUCCGGGGCUGUCAGCCGAAUCCUCAGCAGGUUGGAAGAUGUCAAGUUUGAAAUUGACCUCCCGAAUCAGCUGGUGUGGAUCGAGUCAGACAAGGACGCCGACAUUCUGCUGGAGACGCUAAAGAAGUGUGGCAAACAGGUCACCUACAAUGGCACCAAAUGAAAACAGGUGAUGCUGCCAUUGUUUGAUUACAUUAUCUAUUUCAACAAGUUCAACUUCUGUAAAAUAUAUACUUCUAUAUAAUGCAAAACGAUGGGCUAACCGAAUUUAGCAUCAAUGUUACAGUAUUGAUAAACCUUCAACUCACCGCUACUUUAACACACACGGAGGAGCAGCGCACAAACUGAGCGCAAGCAUACAUUCUCUCUGCUCUUUGGGAAAGAGGACCUUCUUUGCCUAUCUUCCAGUAGAGCUCAGUGCUGCCUGCUCGGUUUAUGGUACAAAAUGGUACUGCACUCAAGGUGCAGAUGUCUGAUGUCUGUACUGUGGAAAAACAAAACAAGGUGGCUUAAAAAUCUUCAAGUUUAAAAAUAAAAAUAAACUUAACAUUAAGUCACACAAUAAACAUCACAUAAAAAAUCAAAACCACACAUCAUCCAUAGGCUCUCACAUAAGCUUUACCCAAAAACUGCAUAUCCAGUGAGAUAUGUUGCACUAACUGCAUGUUUUGUUGUGUGUGUGUGUGUGUGUGUGUGUGUGUCUGUGUGUGCGCGCGCGUGCGUGUUUCACAGGGACCAAAUGAAGGAAUGAGCUUCAAUUGUGGACAUCAUAGGAUUAACUCUCAACAACAUUCUCUUAUUUAAAUCGGGACUUGUACGCGAUUCAUUCCAUGCUAAUUCCAUCAAAGAGAUGCCAUUAUAUGCAGAUUUUUUUUUGUUUUU